CUGAAGAGCAAGCAUAUAAGGUUGAUUUACAGCUCAAUUGGUUAUUUAAGCUUACAAUCAACACCUUCGAUAGCUAUCCUUGUGGAUAGUGAGAUUUGUAGCCUCUUACACCGCGUAGCUGGCGAGUUAGCUUGUAGCUUUCUAGCAAGCAGCUAGCUAGCGAGCCGAACGAACGCCUGUCAGCACCAAAGCCAUGGUCAAGUUUCAAGACAACAAAAUGGAGCACCGAACUCCUGACCCGGAGGCUCCAGAAACCCUUCCUACAACCUCAAACGAAGUUGAAACGAUCGGAUAGGCUCAGAGGAAACCAACCGAAUGAAAAAGAGCCUAGAGGAGAGGAUAGAUUCCAAAUGUUCCUCAGAAUGAUGCAAAAUACUGAGAGGAAGCUGCAGGAGCCGGAAAAACAGCGAACUGACCACAUAUCAGGCCAAACGAACGCAAUUAAUACGCCUGCGACAAUGCAGGAGAAUAAAAAGCGAGCAGCUCAACCGCAGUCUACUGGUGGAGAGAGGAAUUAUAUAGAGAGAUUCCUAGCAAUCCGCAUGGAACUUGAGUCUAUUGGGUUUAAAUACCCCGACUACACGCUACAUGAUAUUCUUAAGGCGAACAUUACGCCUCGAUGGAGAGAAUUCAUACAGAAAAGAUAUGACAUGGCGUUUAAAGAAACAGACUUACCGGAGAAACGGCCUCGAAGGCCUAUUAAGAGACAUUCUAUACCGAAUUCCUAAGAGUAAAAGCUGUUGAAGGGGUCUUACGAACAGGCCCAAUACAGAUGCAACAAGAAGCUCAAACCCUAGUUGGAAUCCGAAUCGAGCUUACAAGAAUACGGGCGCCGAAUCCAAUCCGGAGAAGAGCACGCCAUAUUGAGAUCCAGCACCAUAUGAUGAGACAUUGGGUUCAAAACGACAAAAUCUCAAAUCAAGCACAUUGGAACCGACGCGAAUAAAGCUGACGUGCUCACGAAGGCUCUUGCGAAGGACUCUUAUGCUCAUUUUUAGGGAGCGCUAUAGGGGUUACAGGUUGAUACAGGAAGAUGUGGAGGUUUAUCAGUGAAGCCAGCAACAAUACGGUAUCGCAGCGAAAUGAGGCUAAGCCUGAAGAAGGAAUAAAUAUUGAUUCUGUAAUUUUUGUUGGCGGAUUUUGAGAGAUUUGGGAGCUUUGGACCUCUGUGGCACUUUGCUUGCUGCUGGAGCUGUAAGCUUAGCAAAAUGACAAGCACAUGAGCUGAGCCCUCCACCACAUCCCGCUCG